AAUUUGACAAACAGAAAGUCAAGAAAAACAAAAACGAAACGGUAAGCGGGGGAACAAAUUUUAGCUCAGAAUUUUUAUUUAUGUUUUAAGUUUUUAGCUAUUUAUGUUACAAUGUGUGCAUGCAAAUAUAUUGCAGCUGGUUUUAUGAAUGAUGCGAACAAACUUCUUAACGAUUUCGCUAAAUGUGAGGACAAUGAUUUUAAGACAUUUUGUAAUGUCUGGAAAGAACAUAAAUUUGCUCACAUUUUCAUGGGUCGUCCUGAUUAUAAAGAAUUCCGAGAAUUUACGAGUGAGAUCUAUCAGCUUACUUUGGAUUACAUGAUGUCUUCCUCCACUGAAUCUCAAAUUGCCGCUAUUUAUCUUUUAUAUUCUUUAUAUAAAAGCCAAGGUGUUAUAUUACCGGUAAAGAUCCGAAUUACUCAAUCGCAGUACCAGGUUUUUCAGCAAAUUCAUUCACAUGCAGUGAGAAAAAAAAUAUUCACUCUACUUUAUAUACUAGAUUAUUUAAAGAAAAAUUGCUUGGAUUUAGUAGCUAAUGGCAGCCUUUAUGGGCCGUGUUGUUCUCUAAAUAAAGAUACAUUAAUGAAACCAAAGGCUGAUCAGGUCGGAAUUUUGUCUGAUUUAAAGCAAGAUAUGACUCUUUUUCAGGAAAGCAAAACUAUUCUAAAUCUGAAAAAGAUGCGUAGUCAGUAUCUGAAGCAAAAAGACAGUAUCAUGUCUGCAUCAUGUAAUGUAGGUGCUGAUAAAGGUUCAGAUAUUGUCAAAAGUUACGAAAGGUUUGACUUUGAUCUUGAUGUUCUAGCACAUGGCCGACGCCAUGCUGCACGAAGAAAUUUAGAUAAUUCUUCUGAUAUCGGUAAUCGUAGAGCAAUGCUGAAAAAGAGUUCUUAUAAAAGGAGAGCUUUGUUUCGGUAUUUGAAUCCCGAAGAAGAACCUAAUGAAGACACAGAGAAAAGUGAAGUAGUGCCCAUUAAAAAGAAGCGUCAGUAUAAAAAACGAUUACCUGUUAAUGAGCGUAGAGUUGGUAGACCCAGAAAGCGUCCAGUGGAUCGUGAUUCAUCAGAUGAAUCUGAAGGGUCUCCUCCGUCUACAUCUAAACCAGAUACUGUUAAAAAUAAUAAAAGAGGUCCAACUGGUCGAAAAAAAGUAAGUUAUUUAAAGAAUCAUGAAGGCCCAGUUAUCUUAGAAAAAAAGACCCCCAAAAAAGAACUGAUAGUUGAUGAUGAUUAUACCAGCACUUCUGAUGAUUCUUCUGAUAUUGAUGAUUUGGAAUUUUAAAUUCAACCUAUGUAAUCUUUCUGAUGCUCGUUUUUAACUAUUUUUUCUGAAAUUUUUAUGCAGUUAUAUAUUGAAUUUUACCUAUUUAAUUUUUAAUAGUUUAAAAAAGAAUUUUUCCACUGUUUCUGUCCUAAAACUUUUAAUUAAAAAAUAAUUUUUAUUUUGGGGAGAUUUUCAAAUUGUGAUCUGUGGCAGAAAAAUUGCCAAGUCUUGGCAACUUCUAGACCAACUCAAAAGGCUAUAUGAUGUUUUUUAAAAAAAUUACAAGUUUAAAAUCUAUUUGGCGAUUGUAGUUGGCAGGACAGAUCACAAUAUGGAAAUAUCCCCUAUGUAUUUUAUUGCUAUCAAAUUAGGUAUAUAAUAUAUUUUAAACUUAUGCUUACUGUUAUUCAAAAUAUUUUGGUAAUUUAUAUAAAAUUUUUAUUAUAAGGAACCGGUUAUAAAUUUAAAAAUGAAAUGAUUUAAGAAUAUUAUUUAAUAUAAAAUGAUAUAUUUCAUGUUAGUUUUCCGUGCAUUCCUACGCAUACAACAGUAUACAUAAAGCAGUGUUUUCCCUAAAGGUUUUUAUAAUGGCGGUCCCCCUGCCUGCUCUUUGAUCCUUUUAAAUGCACCCUCUUUGUCCGCCAUCCCUUAAAAACACUGCCUUUUUUUCUUAUUCCAUUUUGAAAAAAAUUAAUUCACUGUUUAAAUAAUAAACUGGUACAAUUAUCUGUGUUUAUAGGUUUAAUUCCGAUUACUAUAAGAAAUAUUUAC